UGCAUCACCGUCCAAAACAUUAUUUUAUGUUUUAACAACCCCAAGCACUGCCCUCUCUUUCCUUUGGUCAAUGAUCAAACAACUCCAUAUUUCACUGUUUCCAAAAUUAGAGUUUUCAAUCAAGAAUCAUGAGACUUGAAGAAGCUGAACCAAAUCCAACCCCGGAUCACAUCUUGGAUUGGCUCGAGGACUCGGUAUCAUUCCUUCCUUCUUUCUUGGAUGAUCCGUACAACUCAGGCCACAUCAAUAGCUACCAAUGGUGGGAUCAGAAUGAAGAUAUAGGUCAAGAUUUGAUUAACAUAGGCGCUACUGCCACUUCUGUCAAUAGCCCCGCAAUUGUUGCUGCUGAAAAUACUAUUAACAGUGGCCUGGUGGAGUCUAAUUCUACCAUUUCUAAUCCUCCCUUGCCAUCCAAUUCAUGCAAGCGAAGGAAACCCUAUGAUGACCUGGUUCCAAGGACAUCCCAGACUCAACAACACAAAAGGAAUCAGAGCAGUAAGAUCAACGAAAACGAAGAUGGAAAGGCAGUAGUUGAAGAGGUAGUGGCAAAUAAAAGGUCAACAGGAAACAAGAAAAAUUCAAACAAGUCUUCAGGAAAUAACUGUAAUAACAGUAAUAACAAGGAAGGAAGAUGGGCAGAACAGUUGCUAAACCCUUGUGCCACGGCCAUAACAGCCGGAAACCUGACGCGCGUGCAACAUCUGUUGUAUGUUCUCAACGAGCUCGCCUCAUCCACCGGCGAUGCCAACCAUCGCCUUGCAGAUCAUGGCCUACGAGCCCUGACUCACCACCUAUCCUCCUCCUCUGCUUCCACAGGGCCUGUUACUUUUGCUUCCACGGAGCCUAAGUUCUUUCAACGAUCUUUACUCAAAUUCUAUGAGGUUAGUCCUUGGUUUGCAUUCCCAAAUAACAUAGCAAACGCUUCCAUACUCCAAAUUCUUGCUCAAGAACCUGAUAAGACUCGUAAUCUCCAUAUUCUUGAUAUUGGAGUAUCUCAUGGUGUUCAAUGGCCUACGCUUCUUGAGGCCUUGACUCGCCGCUCUGGAGGGCCUCCUCCUCUGGUUCGCAUCACAGUUGUUGCAGCCACAGCGGAAAACAAUCAAAUCAUAGACACCCCAUUUUGUAUCGGUCCACCAGGUCACGAUUUCUAUUCUCGACUUCCUAGUUUCGCUAACUCCAUGAACAUCAACUUGCAAAUAAAUAGACUAGAGAACCACCCAUUACAAAACCUGACCGCACAAACUAUUGACAACUCCCCUGGAGAGACUUUAAUUGUUUGCGCGCAAUUCAGACUGCAUCAUCUAAAUCACAAAACGCCUGAUCAAAGAACAGAGUUCUUGAAAGUACUGAGAAGUUUAGAGCCAAAAGGGGUGAUUCUGAGCGAGAACAACACGGAGUGUAGCUGCAGCAACUGUGGAGAUUUCGCUACAGGAUUCUCACGCAGAGUGGAGUCCCUAUGGAGGUUUUUGGACUCAACAAGCUCAGCAUUUAAAGGACGAGAGAGUGAAGAAAGAAGAGUGAUGGAAGGAGAGGCGGCAAAGGCAUUAACAAACCAAGCAGAGAUGAAUGAAGGGAAAGAGAAAUGGUGUGAGAGGAUGCGAGGUGCGGGGUUUGUGGGAGAAACAUUCGGAGAGGAUGCCAUAGAUGGAGCUCGAGCAUUAUUGAGGAAAUAUGAUAGCAAUUGGGAGAUGAGAGCUGAAGAGAAAGAAGGUUGUGUGGGAUUGUGGUGGAAAGGGCAGCCUGUAUCUUUUUGUUCGUUGUGGAAGCUAAGUAGCAAGGACGAGGAGAGUUAAAAGCAGUUGUAGAAUUUCUUUGAAGUCUAAUAAUCCCUGCUACGUACAUUCUUAAAGCGUAAAAUUGUGUGUGACGAAUGGUUUAGAUAAAGAAAUUCGAACAAUAAGUUGAAGCUUAGUUCAAUUAAUUUCAUGUAUUCAUGUGGCAUUCAACAAGUUUUCAGUACUUAAAAUUUUUUUUUCUUAUUCUCAAACUAUGGUUUCUUUUGCACCUAAAAGAAUGGUUUGCAGUCUAGUGUUCGAUCAGUUUUGACAUAUGGACAACACCGCAAUUCUUUUUACUACUUUCCAUCUCUCAAAAUUUCCAUCUCCGCACAAAAAUCUGGGUAUCUGCAUCGAAACUCAACAGCUUGCUCUAGUUAACCGUUCAUUGAAUUCUUUUUUCCUUUUUUUAUUUUUAAAGCAUUCGGAAGCAUAGGCAAACAAGUGGGCCGCCGUCGCAAAGAUCACUCACAUGUUUGUCGUCAGGAGUUAAUUCAAGCAGAAGCAGCAGCUGUGGGGGUAACAAUGAGAUAGAAGGUACACUCAGAAGUGGCAGCAUGUUUUGAUUGAAUCUGAGAUAGAAUCAAGUUUUGCAAAUAUUCCAAUUAACAGCAUAUCCAAUUUCUUAAAAUAAGGUUGUACCAAUCAUUUCAAGAAUAAACAGUUAAAUAUUUUCUACUAAAAACUAUAUAUAACAAAGCAUGUCUUUUGACAAUUAGUAUUCAAAGAGUAUCAAGAAUAAAAAAUAUAAUUAUUAAUCCAGGUAUGAUUUCUACAAAUUUGGACUUUAAAUCCAAUCAAAUUCAAUUUCUGUGAAAAUUUGCUCUUCAGAUUGGCAGGUUAAUAAACAAUUCAUUACUUGAUUUUACAGCUCAAUCUCCUUCUCUUAAUUGAAUUUUUGUCAAGGUAAAGGUAUGAACAGAUAAUCAAUCAGCUCCAUACUCGAAGGAAAGUUAUCGAUCAAGAGAUGCCUAAGAAAAUGUAUACAAAAGUUCUGAAAUGCUCCCUCAAGCAAAGCUGAAUACCAUAUUGUAAUCCUUACCUUGCCAAACAAACUAACAGAAACUCAUAGCCAAGCAAAUAAGAACAAACAUUGACAGCUUAGCCAACAUCCGUGAUAGUACCACACAACGAAUCCAGGUAGCAGCAUACAAAUAUUCAUUACUUGGCUACUCUUCAUUCCAUCUAAAUGACAUUUCAUCAUAUUAUC